AAUAUCGACAACCCAAGCAGUCUAAAAACUUGUUAGAAGAAUGAUGUGUUUCAAAACCAAACUAUUUUUCAUUUUGUUUUUGUUAAAUUCAUUCCUUUGUGGUAGUUACACCACUGAUAUUAACGAUGAGUUCGUUAACCAGGUAUUAAACAGAAAAGAAAUAGCUGCUCGAAUCAAAACCAAAUUGGGUGAUUCAAAUGAAGCCGACUUUAUAUUGAUCAAAAUGUUGGAUGCUUGGUCAAAAUUUCCAAGUGGUAUACUAGAGGGCAAAUUAAUAGAUUUGGGAAGUUUUGAUGAAUGCUACAACAUCGAGUAUGAUAAUAUUUAUGGAAAGUACUGUUUAGGUACUUUAUCAUUCAUCAAUCAAACGGAAAAGUACUUCAAAAGAGUUGGUGCUAACAACUUUAAACCUCCUCCUAGACUUUUCCUAAAUCCAGAACCCAGAGCCUUGGGUCAGGACACCGUAGGAAUUACAUUUGCUGCUUGUAUACCAAGCAGUAUGUCAGCAACUGAAAUAUCUGGCCUACUAAAAUUCACAGACGAGUUGUGUUAUUCUAAAGCCACAGAACCGGAAUUAUCAGCGGGGGCAAUUGUGACCAUAACUAUUUUAGCAAUUUUUUUGGGAAUUGUAGUUGUUCAGACUAGCUAUGGCAUUGCUCUAGAUUACUUCAAAAAAGAACCGUAUCACGAACUGCUCAUUGCAUUUUCUUUUCUUAACAAUGGUCGAAAACUCUUCCGUUCUAGCAAAAAUUCAGACCAGUUGCUUUGUUUAAAUGGAAUCAAGGCAAUAAGUAUGAUGUGGGUUAUCAUUGGUCAUGAGUAUUCAAAUGCUAUGACUGCACCACUGUCUAAUUUGUUUAGUAUAGGAGAUUGGCUCAAUGAUCCCGCCAAUAUGUUUAUGUUAGGAGCCACAGUCUCCGUUGACACAUUUUUCGUAGUUGGAGGGCUUGUAACAGUUUACACAUUUUUGAAAUCAAUGGACAAAGGAGCAAAGUUCAACGUUUUACUUUUCUACCUUCAUAGAUAUCUCCGUCUAACUCCUGCAUACUUUAUAACUGGCCUGAUACACAUUUAUCUCUUAAAUCACUUCGGCAAUGGACCAUUGUGGAAAUCUGUUAAUACAACUUUAGUAGAGUCGUGCAAAAACAAUUGGUGGAGUAGUCUCUUGUACAUAACUAAUUAUGUACAAGAAGGAACUUGUUUGCCUCAAGCUUGGUACCUGCAAGUUGAUAUGCAGUUAUUUGUCCUAUCACCAAUCAUUCUUAUACCAUUGCUCAGGUGGCCAAAAAUUGGUUUAAGUGCCUUAGGUUUUUUGAUAAUUGCUGGAUGUGUAUCGCCGUUUGUGAUUGGUUAUGUGAAGCACUUUCACCCUCUAGCAUUGUCCAAUAAAAAUGGGAUAGACUUUAACUAUUAUUAUUAUGCUGCGACAUAUGCCAGAUUUGGUCCCUAUGUCAUUGGAAUGCUUGCUGGUUACUUCUUGUACAAAAUUAAAACUAACAAGAUCAAAGUUCAUUUGAAAGCGUGGCAAGUUAUAACGCUUUGGUUAGUGUUUAUAACCGGUUUAGUGGCCUGUGUGUGGGCUGGUUACCCAUUGAACAAGGCAACAGAAGAGGAUCGAUGGGGAAAUUCAAUGUUUUUGGCUUUUAAUCGACCAGCUUGGGCUGUGGCAGUUGUCGGAGUAAUUUUUUUAUGUGUCUCUGGCUAUGGAAGACCAAUUGAUAAAUUCCUUUCAUGGUCAGUGUUUCAGUUUUUGACAAAAUUAUCCUACUCCAUGUACUUGAUACAUUUUACUGUGAUUAUAGUCAGAUAUGCAGUUUCUAGAAACAAUAUAAAAUUCUCUAAUCUUGGAAUGAUGCACGCCUUUUGGGGAGAUUUUAUGUUUACGUUAGGCUUGUCUCUAAUUUUAUGUUUAACUUUUGAAUCUCCAAUCAUAAUUCUAGAAAAGUAUCUCUUUCGUACUCGGGGAAGCCCCAAAACAAAAAGUGUUAAACAGUGAAAAUAUUAAUUACGUACAAUUGUAAUUACUAAUUUCCUAUACGUAAUUAAAAGUUAUUUUAAUAUAUUUAAUAAUUAUUUAUAAUAUUUAUUAUUUCUUAUAAUAUAUUUUUUAUUUAUAAUAUAGUUUUUAUUACAAAACAAUAAGUUCUUUUUUCUUAAACCUUUUCUUGCCACAUCUUUAGUGCUUUGUUAGCAUCUUAACUAGAGUAGUUCAGAAAUUAUGUUAUUUAACAUAGAAAUAAACGACUUGGAAGGAUAA